CCCGUGGGCGGCUCCAUCGAUAUCCCCUUCUCCUUCUAUCACCCGUGGGAGUUACCCAGAGAUCCCGAAGUGAGUAUACACUGGAGGCGGCACAACUUCCAUGGAGAAAUCUUCUUCAGCAGCACCCCGCCUUUCACCCAUGAGGAUUACAGGAACCGGCUGACCCUGAACUGGACGGAGGGUCAGAACAACGGCUCCCUCAGGAUCUCCAGCCUUCGGUUGAAGGACCAGAACGUGUACUUCUGCCAGGUUCAUGUGAACACACUGAACAAUGGCAAGAAAGAGAGGAAAGUGUGGCAGUCCAUCCAGGGGACCAGGCUCACUGUCACACCCGCUGUCAAGACCACUACCAGGAGUCCCUCCAGCAUAGCCUCCACUGCCAUUACAGCCACCAUAGAAGGCAAAAGGAACUCAGGAUGUGGGCCCCUGAGUCUGGGGACUGCCAUCUGGCUGCAAAUGGCCUGCCUGGUGCUCAAAGUCGCCUUUUUGGGACUGAUGCUCUUUCUGAGGUGGAAGAGAGGGAAAGGUCUGCAGCCUAAAGCCAAAACCUCAGCCGGGGACCCCUUCCAGAACACUGAGGAGAAAUAUGAGAAUCUUGAGAAUAAAGGACAACACACUGACCCCAGACUGAACCCCAAGGAUGACGGCAUUGUCUAUGCCUCCCUGGCUCUCUCCAGCCCGACCUCUCUUGAACCACCCCGCUGCUACCAUCCACAGGUGAACCUUCAAGAAGAAACGGAAAAAUCACAACUGCCAGCAAUCACCAAAGCCAGAUGCCAAUGACACAGAAGUGAAAGUGUUGAAGACCACAAAGGAACCAAGAGAAACAGCCACGCACUCCAAUUCUCUCUCAACUUCCUAGCCUGUCCUCACAAAAAUAAAAGUACCCAGAGAAUUUACUUGACUGCAUCUAAAGAGAAAAUGGAUAUUACCUUCAACUCCUGACCCUCCCAAUAAAACUAGACUCUUAACAGACAACUCACAUCCAAGACCCCUUCUCUAGUACUUAUUUUCAGUGAAUGCCUCAGGCAAGGGACCAUAAAUACCCAAACUCUGGUAGCCAGCCCUAUAAUUUUCCUGUAAUCUUCCCUUAUCAUUUAAAGUAACAUUGUGACAUA